AACAACCCUCGAACAUGGCUGCCUUAACCCGAUCUGCCUGCCUGAUGGACAUUACUCGAGACAGUGAUAUCCAAUGCAUAGCACCGGUUGAGGUCAUGGCGCCUGUGAUACCUGUUCAUUCUCCACUUUCUGAAUUUGCCGUCGCGACGCCAGUUUUAGCUCGGACCAUGCAGACCAUCGAGAGCAAGGACAUUGAGACGCCCCGAAAAUGCGCUGGCGCAAGAUCACUCGUUUACAUCGCAGGACCUUCUGUUGGACCUACCGCUGAAACUGGCGUACCAUCGAUGGCCCCUACUAUCCCAGAUGAACCUUCCUCUCAGAAAGCACGCCUGGGCUCACAGCAAUAUGACUAUGUGUUUCCACAUUCUCCCCUUGGCCAAUCGCUAUCGUCUGCUACUCACGCUUCCUCCUAUAAAUCAUGCCUGGACCCACAUCGAUACGAUCCUCUAAUUCCACAACUUCAAUGUGAUCGAUCACCAUCGUCUACCCCCCAUGAACCACCGCAAUGCCCACCUGGUCUAAAGCUUCCCGCAGAUAGGAAGCCAGGAGUCCAAGCUGGGCACUUACGUGCACCAUCUGCACGACUUACACAGCUGGGAUCUCCCUCCGACUUACUACAGGAUGUUACCAAGCGGAACCUCGAUAACGACGCAUCACUACGACUUGCGCGAGGCAAUACCGAGCUAAACCUCGGCGAUAUGUUCCCGACUCUUGAACCCAGUGACUCGAAUUUUCAGUCGUCGCCGACACCUGAGGCAAAACAGGCCAGUGUUAUCGUUGAGAGGAUUUCGAACGAUGGGAAUAUUGCCUAUUCCAUUCAGGCAGGUGGUCAUAAGUACAUCGCCACGGCACAGGUCGGCAGUGGAGGAUUCGGUUAUGUCUGGUACGCUAUCAAAGACCAAACAGAGGAGGUCGCCAUCAAGGUGAUCGACAAGGCUGGGUUGCUUGCACAAUUUGUUCACUGUACCAAAGACAAACGGCCGACUAUGCAACAACUGCUCGAAGGCUCUCAGGCGGCAGCGGCAGCUAUCAGUGCUGAAUAUGAGACAUUCAAGCGCGUCACCGAAGAGCAAUCCCCAUUUUUGACUCCUUUGUUGCAUGCCUUUGAGGACGAGGAUAAUUUUUACUUUGUGAUGAGGUUCUACCCUCAGACUCUUCGCACUAGGGCAAAAUUCGGAUUCAUGCAUUGGCAAUUGCGUCUUGUUGCUGCUGAGCUUCUUCUCGCCCUACAGCAUCUUCACAAGCUGCGCGUCGUACAUAUGGACUUGAAGAUGGAAAACGUGCUUGUAACUCCGUCCGGCCACGUAUGCAUUGCAGAUUUUGGCAAUGCUGAAGUCCUGGACCGCAAACUGACCUAUCAGCAAUUUCAUGACGAGCGCAUGCACGGCGUAUCGGGUACCAAGGGUUACCUUCCUCCAGAGCGAGUCGAGGGAAACCAGCGAUAUAACUUUAAGACGGAUACCUGGACUUAUGGUACCAUUUUACUGGAGCUUUUACUAAUAAACGGCGGGCACUGGUACUCUAUAUAUCAUUUUAGUGACGGAACACAUAAAUUUGGCAAUGACCACAAGAUCCCCGAGGGUUACAGCCGACUGACCUUCAUAAGACCGAACGAUGAAAUAGAUCUCAUCCAAGAUAAGGACGCCAAGGAUCUUCUUUAUUCUAUUUUCUUUCCCAAACACCAUGCCAUGAGACCCGAGUGGGAGUCAAUUCGCAGUCACCCAUUCUUCGCCUGUAUUGACUGGCAGAAGUUAGAGAAUCGGGGAUACGAUCCCAUGUUCAAAGCUUGCUUGGGCAACACACUGCUCCAAUCUGUCGACUCUGGCAAGAUUGCCAUUGAAUGCUCUCACCCUCGGCUACCAGACUUCAAGAAAGCUGUGCACGAGCAAGCCAACGAUGAAUUCUCUCCUGGGCGAAUGCACGUGAACUACGAGUGCCCGAAUGAAUUGGUGCAUGAUGCUAUGCAUGGAGCAACUUGCAGGGCUCCAGGGACUCAGGUACCCCGGAGGCAUGUUUGUAAAUGUGACUUGCCUGCCGAUUGGGAGAAGGAUCGAUGAGGCAUCUGAGCAUGUCGCCUUGUAAAUUUGUAUAUUCCAACUAUUUAUGAUCGCUGUACCUGUAAUAUUUAGUAUACAUACUCACGACAACUCAC